AUGUUCAUUAAUCUAUUUCUAGAGCUUUUCUCUGUACCCUUCCAACCCGUGAAUCUUUGGGCUCCUUGGUCUCUAUUGUUUCUUAUCCUUUCCCAGAUCCUCUCGCCAUUUUUAGCUACCUCCAGGGCCUCCGUCAGCCUACAGGGAUCACCCUUCAGCCCAUUCUCUCUUAUUUCCGGAUUCGGGAAUGCUAAACCCGCUAAUCCCGUCAUCCUAUCUCCAAGGUCUUCUAGAGUUUCCCCUACUUCUUGUUUAAUCCUAAACAAUUUUCGAACCGCCUCUGUGGUUGUUCACUCGCUAGCAUAUCGUCUUCCCUUCAGUUCGUCCCAUGUUAUCUGGGGUUUUUCCUUGUAUAAGUCCUCGAUAAAUUUUGAGACUGGCCCACUGCUGCCUCAUAUGUCAACAGCACCAUCUCUCGGUCUGUCAACCCGUAUACCAGCUGUUUCUUUUGUACAUCUGCCAACCAAUCAUGAAACUCAGACGGGUUGCCUCGGUAGGAGGGUAAACUUCAUUCCACCCAGCAGACUCCUAAAGGCCGCCGUUAUUUCGGGGACCGUAUCUUCGCCCUCCGUACUGUCUGACCCAGCGAUACUCAUUUUAACUAUUCUGGUGGUGUUCUUCAAUAGGUAA